AACACGCCAGCAGCUUCUAGCUAUCCUGAUCCUAACCCCAAGACAAACACAAGUAUCCUCACCAUGACCUUUACAUUGCUUUUGAGUAAUACAAAGCAACUAUGGUCGCAUAAAAGAACACGUUUAGAGAAUUUAACCUUUGACAUUGAUGACGUGUAGCACGUUUCUCAAGGUUGACAUAAGUGAUUUGUCGCGUUACACUCACAUAUUUUGGUGGUAGCUCAUAAACUGUUAUUUAUAGCUACGACUGACGGCAUAUUUUCUAAACUAGCGUUUGGCUAGACUCAAUAAGGGCAGAGCCGUAGAACAAAAAUUGUUUAGAAUCGUAGGCCGAUAGUACAAAGGAAUUGAGCCAUGGGUCGUCUACACGAGAAUGUCGAGGAACAAAGACAGAAAAUGAGACCCAAAAGAAAAUGUUCUGAAAAAGGAAAAAUUCUACCAUGCACGGAAGAUGUCACACAUUCUCGUUCCGAAAAGACGUCAGAGAUGAUGUCACAACAGGAAGUCGAUACCGUGACUAAAAGGAAGAUAAAAGCGAAGGAACUGAAGGACUCUAUUGAACUCCAUUCCGCAUCUUUGAGACUUAAACAAAUUUGCUUCAACUACGCAUCCUCGAUGAAUGAAUCGACUCCAAAAUCCCAAGAAAGGAAGACGAAAGACCAAGAAAAGAUGGAAGAGAAUCAAGAAUUCACUUUUGACUUUAGUAACAGGCUCAUUGCGCUUGCGCGAGAAAAACAGGCCGAAAAUAGAAAAAGAAGGCGUUCAGAGUCAAAGACAUCUUACCGAAAGAGAAAAGUCAGUGGAAACGGAGGUAGUCAUGACAACAGUGGUUUGAAAAGAAAACGCCAAAGGCUGAGCCAAUCACAGUCAAGUUGGGAAGAUUUCGAUACUACUUUUGAAAAAAUGUUAAAUUGCGAAAACGAGCUGAUGAAUGAGACGCAAAUGAAGUUUCAAAGUGCGAAGAGGUGGAGCACAGUUUCAAACUUGGCGCCAAUGGAUUUCGAAUUCAGUCGAAGGCUCGCGGAACUGUCGAGAAAGAAUCAGAGGUAUCAGCACGAAGAGCAUGCGCACUGCUGUCGAUGCGUGCAAAGUUUUGAGUGUUUUUGGCCGAGAUCAAACUUACAAACCAUAAGAAGACAAGGAUAUUGUUGAUUAAAGUGCAAAUGAACCCUUUGACAAUACAUUCAGUACUGGUUCUGCAUAAAGUAAAUAGUUGAUUGGUAAAAUAUUUCUUGAUUUGAGUGAUGCGUCUCUA